AUGGCACGGCAGAAGUCGCCGGUCUCAGGCGAUUCUUUCCGCUCACGGGUAUCGCCCCAUGGCCCACCUCCGCCAGAGGAAGAGAUCCAGUUCCUGGAAAGUCUCGGUGAUGUCAGCCCUGACACCAGCAACCGAUGGAGCUCGACGUCGUUUGCGGACGACCUCCGUGUGGCGCUGGGUAGCCGAGCCGAUGUCCGCCGCAUUGUGCAGCAGCAAACUCAAGGCACAUUCGGCCGCAUAGAUGAGGACUCGAUCGGCGGUCGCAGUUCUGGUGCUGGAGGCUCCGGCGAGCCUCACUUCGAGUUCAAGCUCCGAGAGUUCUGGCAUCGGGCGGUGGACGAAGAGCCGCUUGCCGAGGGCCCCAGCGGCCCCAGCGGCGGUCGCAAGCACAGCAGCAGUGCUCAAAUGGUUUUUCCGGACUCGUCGAAAGCGAUCAUAGGAGGAUCUGCGCGGGAGUCCGUGCUUCCCUUCAUCCAGCAUCCCGGAAGUCCUCUCCGAGCCUGGUGGGACGUUCUGGGGAUGACUUUGCUCACCUUUGACAUAGUCGUGAUCCCACUGCGCUUCUUUGACCCACCGGAGACACUCGUCCUGGUGAUCAUGUCCUGGGUGACACAGCUAUUUUGGAACUUGGACAUCCUUGUCUCCUUCAUUACCGGCUACUACCACAAGGGCAUCCUCGUGCUCGAUCUCAGGCGCAUCGCCAAGCACUAUGCGACCACGUGGUUUCCCUUCGAUGCUACCGUCGUGGGAAUCGAUUGGCUUCUUUAUGGCCUAGAGGGGCGGAACCAAACCGCCGGUGUGGCCCGUCUUUCGAAGACGGUACGAAUCCUUCGAUUCUUGCGCCUGGUCCGGCUUGCCAGGCUCGCGAAGGUCAGCACCAUGGUGGAAGCUCUCCAGGAGCAGGUCAACUCACAAGUGGCAACGAUCCACUACAGCAUCUUCAAGAUCAUCGGCCGGAUGAUGCUGCUGAAUCACGUGAUCGCUUGCUCCUGGUGGGGCAUCGCGCAGCUGGACGAGGGCCAGCCAAACUGGAUCACCGAGAACCAGCUGGAGGACCGCUCCAUUGAAUACCAGUACAGCACUGCGCUGCACUGGUCCUUAACCCAGCUGGGCGUGGGGCAGACGAACAUCGAGGCGGUGAACUUCGCCGAGCGGCUGUUCUCCAUCUUCAUCACUUUUUGCGCGUUGAUCACCUUCUCCACGCUGGUGAGCUCGGUCACGUCUCUGAUGGCCAGCCUCCAGCGCCUAAAGACCGAGGAGAUCGAACAGUUCCGGUCUCUUCGGCGCUUCCUCGUGCAGAACGAGAUUCCCGCCGACCUCGGGCAUCGGGUUACGCGCUUCCUGCAGUAUACCUAUGCUUUGAGGCACGAGGCGCUGAGCCUUGAUGUUCACCUGCCCAUCCUCAACCUGUUGUCCAAGCCCUUGCAAGCGGAGCUCCAACUGGCGAGAUACCGGGAGUGUCUGCGCGAGUGCGCCUUCUUUGACCGACUGUUGCAGCACGACAGCUUCCACGUGGUCAGGGUGCUUCGGGAGGUGGCGACGGGCUGCCUCAGCCAUGCUGUUCUGGCGGCUGGCGAUGUGGCCUUCGCAGCCGGGGCUGUGGCCUCCUCCGCAUAUUUCCUGGCAGGUGGUGCAUUCUGCUAUUCUCGGGAAGGCGUCAGGAGCAGCGUGCCUUGCCAGAAGUGGGUCGCGGAGAUGUGCCUCUGGACUCCCUGGCUCCAUGUCGGGGACCUCGUGUCGGAGGAGGUGUCUCGGGUGAUUGCCCUGGAAGUCACGAAUUUCUGCGAAUGCGUCGGCAAAGUCCUCGAAUCGAAGAUGCUGGGAGCUGCCUAUGCCGAGGAGUACGUUGCGAACCUGAACUCGCAACUUCAAUGGAGCGACGUUUGGUUCUACGAUGAUGACCGAGCCGAACAUGCCGCCACCGCUGUUUCGACGCGGCCUGUGCCGAGACCGCGAUGCUGUGGCACGUCACGACGCCGGAAGAAUCGUGUCAAUCCCAUCGUGCAUCGAGCCGUGCUGCCCUCUACCGGGGAAGCCUAUGCCGUCAAGGUCAUGGAGAUAUGUAUAGAGGCAGAAGAAGCCGCGAAUGUCAAGGAGACUCCAGCAUACCGCACCAUGGAGCAGGAGGUGAACGUGCUGCGUGCCAUGCUCCCAGAGCGGAUGUGGAGAGUUUGUAGGAGCCAUUCCCGAGUAGAACGGCAGGCUUUGCAGGCUUGGCCGACCAAGCCUGAGAUCGUUGAACCUUCCGUGCUGGUUUGCCCGAUCACACAGACGAUGUACCGCGACCCGGUCUUCGUUCCUGAGAGUGGCAACACCUACGAGCGUCAUGCGCUGGAGCAGUACUGGGAGACCUGCGUGCCGCCGCGGGACCCCUUGACCAACACCGUGCUGCAGCAGCGGACGGUGUACACGAACUGGGGAAUCCGAAGGGAGGUUCAAGGCUUCCUGGAGCAGCACCCGAGCUAUUUGCCCCAGGGCUGGGAGACGAGAGCCGUCCCCCGGCUCCCAGAGAAAGCGCCCACCAGCUCCCGGCCGCCCCGGGGGGCAAGGCUGAAGAGGACUUGCCUUUGCGUCCUCACCGUCGUGGGCUCACUCGCAGUGGUGGUGCACCAAGUCUACGAGGAGUCUUUCUGGCCUCGGCUGUCGAUUGCCGAGGACCUCGCCGACCAGGGGCCUUACCUGAAGGUCCCCAAGGGCUCCAGGCUCGAAGCCCGCGAGGUGAACGGCCGCCUCAUUGUAAAGAUCCCACCACCCGGUCUUCGGCUUGACAUUUUGGGGCAGGUCUUGUUCUCCAUUCUGUGGCUCUCGUUCGUCUGCUACUGGACCAUUGCAGCCGUCAGCAGCGGAGUGCCUUGGACCUUCAUCCCCUUCUCGCUGCCCUUUUGGGCCGUCGGCUUCAUGUUGCUGUUCAGCACCAUCUUGACCCCCAGCCUCUCACAAACGCUGAUUGCCGGCUCCGCCGACUAUCAGGUGACAUCUCAGGUCUCUCGCCUGUCACUUUCGCAAGUGACUGCCAACGUGACCGACCUCCAGGAGAACCCCGGCGUCCUGUGCAUCUCUGAUGCAGACUGCCGGCUGGUACUGCAGGACGGUGUGCAGGAGGUGGUCUUCGGUUCCGACCUCCGGCCUGCCGAGGUGCGAUGGAUCCAAAAGCAGCUUUGCCGACACUGGGGUGUCGAGAGCACGCGGUGUCUGGAGAGGAGUGUGCUGAACUCUGACCUUGAAGCCGUUUCGUGA